AUGGUAUUUACUUUAGUUACAACAGCUGGAGGCGGAGGAGGAGCUACAGUUUGUUCGGCAGUCACGUGUCCAGCUGGUUAUUCGAAGCUUGAUGAUCUACGAAUCAGUCCAAACUGUUACUUGUUUAGUGGAAAAAACGAUGCAAGGAGUUGGCAUUCUGCUGAUGCUGUUUGUACCAGUACUAAAGGAGCUCAUCUCUUAGUACCUGAUAGUCUAGCAGAGAUAGAGGCACUCCGAAAGAAAUUUGGCAUUGGUGACAACGACGGGGAUGUAUGGACUGGUGCUAACGAUUUAAAGAGUUCCGGGAACUUUAUUUUUAAAGUAAACAACAAAAAGUUUGACUUCAACGCUCUACCAUUUGGAAUAGAAAAUGAAGUGGGCAUGCGUGGUAGUUGUGUAGAAAUAGAACUUAACGAUGACGGUGUUUGGGGUUGGGACGCUGAUGAUUGUGAUGAGCGCGAAAACUAUAUUUGCGAGCUACCAGUAGUAAGUAAAAAUGUAGCAGUAAAAAUAUAG